AUGGCUUUGUGUACCUCUAAAUCUGAUAACUCUGCCAUGAUCCCAUCGAGAUUCCAAGGUUUCCGGAGUCUAACUGUUGGCGAUGCGGUUGAGUUCGACAUCACACAGGGAACCAACGGUAAGACCAAAGCCGUCGAAGUCACUGCUCUAGGUGGCACUCCUCUUAACAAGAGGAAGGAGAUUAGUUUUCGCAGCAUAACCAAGAGCUAUGAAGGAAGUUCUUGA